CAUGGGUGUGGUGAUUAGCUUGUUUGGAGGAAAUUUUAGUCUAAUCCUUCCCGAGUAGCAUUCGCCUUGAACCGAUAUCAGGGACCAAAUAGUUCGGGUUUUUUUAGUUUUUAUUUUAUUUUUUUAUUUAAAUGGAUACGUUUGUACUUUUCCUUCCAGCUGAUACCAUGGUCUUCGCGUAAAGGGGAUUGGUGUGACACUGAUCGGAAAGACAGACCGAGCCAACAUCCCACUUCAGGUGUCAGCUGCUGGUCUGUGUGUGUGUGUGUGUAGGGGGUGUGUAAGAGUGGGUGCGUGUGGGACUGUGUGUGUUUAUAGCAAAGCGUGGCCUGAACACAUCUCACAGGCACAAUGAGCGAGCUGGAACAGUUACGGCUGGAAGCUGAGCAACUACGCAAUCAGAUCCGGGAUGCCAGGAAAGCCUGCUGCGACUCCACGCUGUCACAGAUCACUGCUGGUCUGGACUCUGUGGGCCGAAUACAGAUGCGGACACGCCGCACUCUCAGGGGCCACCUGGCCAAGAUCUAUGCAAUGCACUGGGGGAGUGAUUCCAGAUUACUUGUUAGUGCCUCCCAGGAUGGGAAGUUAAUCAUUUGGGACAGCUACACAACAAACAAGAUGCAUGCCAUCCCGCUGCGCUCCUCCUGGGUGAUGACAUGCGCAUACGCCCCUUCUGGGAAUUAUGUGGCCUGCGGGGGUCUGGACAACAUCUGCUCCAUAUACAGCCUGAAAACCCGGGAGGGGAACGUGCGCGUCACUCGAGAGCUACCUGGACACACAGGUUAUCUGUCCUGCUGUCGCUUCUUGGACGACAGCCAGAUCCUAACUAGCUCUGGAGACACCACCUGUGCGCUCUGGGACAUAGAGACGGGCCAGCAGUCCACCAGCUUCACGGGCCACACUGGUGAUGUUAUGAGUCUGUCCCUGAGCCCCGACUUCAGGACCUUUGUGUCUGGAGCCUGCGACGCCACCUCCAAGUUAUGGGACGUCCGCGACGGCCUGUGCAGACAAUCUUUCACCGGGCACGUGUCCGACAUCAAUGCCGUCUGCUUUUUCCCCAACGGGAACGCGUUUGGCACCGGCUCCGAUGACGCCACCUGCAGGCUGUUUGACCUACGCGCCGACCAGGAGCUAAUGGUGUACAGUCACGAUAACAUCAUCUGCGGCAUCACCUCCGUGGCCUUUUCCAAGAGCGGCCGCCUCCUCCUGGCAGGUUACGAUGACUUUAACUGCAACGUCUGGGACACUCUGAAAGGGGAUCGUGCAGGCGUUUUGGCGGGCCACGACAACAGGGUGAGCUGCUUAGGAGUGACGUCGGACGGCAUGGCUGUAGCCACCGGCUCCUGGGACAGUUUCCUCCGGAUCUGGAACUAAACCAACCUCUCUGGCCGGAUUCAUCUAAUCACUGCCCGCCACCUUAGAUUUGAAGUCCCUCCCUUUGUAUUCCGACUAAGGGGUGCACUUUGUGUCAACUGAAACCUUUUUAACUCCUCCCAGCUGUCUUCAUCGCUGGUGACCUAUCCACCUGUGAGAACAAUUUCUACUUACUUUUCUUUUUUCAUUUUUAGGUCUUAGCCACCCAUGUUUUACACGGCAACCAAAAUUAAAAAGCGUUCAGUGGAGUUGUCCAAUCAGACUUAAGGAAAGCAUAAAAUAGUUGGGAGAAUAGAUUUUUUUUUCCUGGGAGGGGCGCAAAAAAAGUGCAUCUCUUGCCAUUAGUAACAAACAGGAUUAUUGUCUGUGUAUAAAAUAAAUGUAUAUAUAUAAAGACAGUAUAUGUGUAUAGCAUUAUGUGUGUAUGCAUCCUAUAUGCAUAUAUAAUGUGUUAUGUAUAUAUUUUUGUAGUUUACGUUACACCUUAACGUUUUUCUUUCUUUCUUUCUUUAAUAAUAUUUUAAUACAUUUAAAAUAUCAUAUUUACACCAUUUUCACACAACUCCAGUUAAUUAAACUGGGAUAAAAGAUUAAAAAAGUGUUGGAUAAAUGUUCCUAAAAGUACCAAUAUAGGAUCUUAAUUUGGCCUGAAAAUAGUUUUGUUUUGUUUUGGAUGUGUGUUUUAAGGUAAGGCAGUGGGUAACUUUUUUGUUUUUUGUUUUUACGCCAUCACUCCCCAUCGUUUUUUCACCACAUGCUCUUAUUUUGAAUGGAAACUCCACAGGAAAUUCUUUCCAAGAUUUUUCCACGGAUUGAGCUUUCCAAAGUAAUAGAAAAAAAGCAUUUACGUUUAGGGAGAUUCUGUUUUUUUUGGGAAUGCUUUGGCUUCGACUAAUGCGGGCUAAGGUAUCAAAUCAUCUGAAAUCAGAGGACUGCUUCCAUCCAAUCGUCUGCAGUGUGGUGUGGCUGUGAGGAGCUCAUUAUAUCCCUACUUCCUGUGGCCUAAAGACAUGUUCUUUUCUUCUUAAAGUUGAGAUGAACUCCCCCUGUUGCCCUAGAUUGACACUGUAGAAGGAAAGGACAACAAAAACGUGAGGCAGAGGCUGUUCCCGCCAUUGGACUGUGCAAUAGUGGAAGCCAGAAGGAGCAGGAGCGAGUCUUUUAAAAGCUUCAUGUCAGGACCCGAACGGAUAUGUCUGCAUCUUCUGAGGCUCUGACAGAAGAUGAUGCCCGAGCUCCACUCGUGUUCUUUUUUAUUUUUUAUUGUUGUUUUCCCUCAAUGAAGAAUCAAUGGGUUGCUGUCGUCGGUGUGUAAAAUGAGUGACUGUGCUGCCCAAAAUCAAAAUAGAACCAAUAUAGGUCUAUUUAAAAAUUAAAAAAAACAGGAAAAAAAAUAACACUGUAAUUUUUAUCACCAAAACACAUUUUAAACUGUUUGUUCCUCGUGAAGCGAGUUCACCCUGUAGACAGAAUGUACACUUAGAGAACUAGAAUUGCACUCAGACGGUAGUACAAACUUAAAAAAUGACACACUUUAGAAGUCAGACUUCUGGUUAAGAGCAUUUCUUCAUCGCCCAUCUCUUUUUCCUCCUCAAAAGGCUUUACAUACAGUAAUCCACACACAGUGUGAGUUGUCCCAGGUGCCUAAGAACACAAGUCUGCCCCCCCCCCCCCCCCCAUGCUGGAGGAAGGACAGUUUUUGCCUCUCUAUGAUGUGGCAGCGCCUCUGCCUUACAUUAUCAUUCAGAAGAAAUGCUCAUUUUGCCAAAGGUGACUCAAAGAAACGUAACGCACGGAUCAAUAGUAGAGUGCCAUUUCUUUCUUCCAGAUGGAAGCACAUUCUGAUGUACACUAAGACAACACACAGCUGUGACUGCAAAUUCAUGGAAUUCUGCUUUCUAUGUAAUAUUUUUCCAGGGUUAGUCUGUUUUUUUUUUUUCCAGUUUCUUUGGCUUUAAUAACUAAUCCAUCCCGAGAGAGUUGCUAAAAAUAGCAGUGAUAGUAUUUAGCCUGAGAAUAUCUGCUGUGUGUGGGAUGUGAUGCGUCUCAUCCUCAUUUGUGCCAAUGUUAUCCGCAGGCUCUGAUGAGCUGUGAACUGAAAAGUCGUCCGUGUCAACAACAAAACAAAAAAAAGAGAAAAAACUGCUUGUGUUUUUCAAGUGCCAAUCUUCUCCGUGUUAAGAAAACGGUCUCAUCUGUGUUUCAGUUUGAAACCAACGUGUUGCCUAAACAAAAAUUGUGGUUUGCCCCCCGAUCCCCAUCCAGGCAGUGCUUGCUCCGUACAUUUCCUCUUUCAGUGGGAGGACAGCAGAUGUUCCUGUCCUAACAGGUUCAGAUGACAAAAAAGGUGCAGUGGGAUGGUUUGUAAUGGAACAUUACAUCAUUUUGGGACGCAUUCACUUCCUGAUGGAAGAUUCCCAAAGAAACAUUGAGUUAAAAAAAAAAGUUUUAAAAAAAGAGGUGUUGAUUUUUUGAUUUGCUUGGCAUCAUAAAAUUUGACCAUAAAAAAUACAUUUUUUUUGCAUUUUAAAUUGGAGCUGUAUACCACCCUGAUGCCAGAAUUACAACCCCACCCCAGAAUGCUGAAUAUACUAUUUGAAAAAAAGCGUACUGUUGAUGUUUAUAAAACACUUCAAGCUGGAUUAAAUUUGAGUUUGUAAUGAGGUUAUUGCUUAGAAGACUUUGUCAUCUGCACAUGUUGGAAAUUCCCACAUUGCUUUAGUUUGUCAGGGGCUCCUUUAUGAUCUCAUUCAAGAAAAUUCUGCACCAAAAUUCUUUUGUUUCAUCAGUAACUGCAUCCUAUUUCAAAACAUUUGACUCUUGUAAAUAAAAAAGGAAGUUUUAGCCGCUACCACACCUAAAUUCAUAACUUAAGGAUUGUAUCCUUUAACACUGAAAUGUUCCUAAAAUGUUGAACUGUUCCACUGAACCCAGCCUUUUCCAGCUUCCAUGUUUGCAGAACUUUGUGAAAAACCCACAAAACACCGUAGUCCUUAAGAGAAGGAGAGGGAGACCGUGAUGUUUAGCAGGCUAACAUGUCGCUCUGUGUAAAUCAGCCGCUGGAGCCUGGAAUAGAAACACAUGUGCCUGUGCAGUUCACUAACGCAAGUAAACUCUAAAAUCAAAGAGAGGUGCUUUGACGAAGGUGUUUCCUUCACCUUGUUGCUCCACCAGUUCUUGUUGUUUUUCUCUAAAAUCAGUCAGAUCAAUUGAUUUUAGUGACAGUUUAAGUGAAUGUGGAUCAGUAAAGAUGACUGGAUUGGUGGUUGCUGCUUGGUUUCUGCAGUUUACUGUGACUUUCUCCAUCCUCGAGUUAAACCUGAACGCUCGCUGUGAACCGCACGGCUGCCAUCACAGAACUGUCGUCUUUUGCCUCCUACAACUUACUGUUCUGUUUUUAUUUUUAGUGUCUUUUUGCCAGUAAAGACCAGGGACUUUGGUGCCAUAUAAUUCUUUUACAGUGCUAUUGUGUGAAAUUAUAAUCACUUGGUAUGGAAUAAUUUUUAUAGUCCUUUUCACACCAAACCCUUUUUUUGUAUUUGUACAGUGGCUUGGUGAUACUGGUAUGUUGCCAUGAGUUAUUGUGACCAAUAAACAAAAAAAACUUUAACAAAGA